UGGAGCUUGCCAUGAGAAACCAGAGCUCAGAGCUCACAUACUGGCCGAUCCACCUUCCCACUACUCAGUUUGACACCAAAGUGACUGCUACGGCUUUAGUGCAUAUGUCUUCUUCCAAGUAAAGUCUGUUAAUAGGUUAACUUGUGACCUGCUAACUGGUUGACAACAAAUUAUUAAAACGGAUGCUGUAGAUUGCAGGGCUUUUCUUAUUAAGGUCUGGAGGAGAUAUGAACCUUCCUAAAAUCCAGAUCUUGCUGGCAUGGAUUCUCACUGUAUUUGCCGGUCCAGUAUUCUGCUCAGAAGAUGAGACUCGUCUGGUGAAAAACCUGUUUAUUGGUUACAACAAGGUGGUUCGUCCCGUUAACCACUUCAGUGAAGCCGUAGUAGUCACAGUGGGACUGCAGCUAAUACAGCUUAUCAGUGUGGAUGAAGUUAACCAGAUUGUGACCAGUAAUGUCCGUCUCAGACAGCAAUGGUUAGAUGUGAACCUGAACUGGAAUCCAGAUGAUUAUGGAGGCAUCAGAAAGAUCAGAAUCCCGUCAACCGACAUAUGGAAACCUGACCUGGUGCUAUACAACAAUGCUGACGGGGACUUUGCCAUCAUCCAUGAGACCAAAGUCCUGCUGGAGUACACUGGGAAGAUAACGUGGAACCCUCCAGCCAUCUUUAAGAGUUACUGUGAGAUUAUUGUCCUCCAUUUCCCGUUCGACCUGCAGAACUGUAGCAUGAAACUGGGAACCUGGACAUAUGAUGGACUGUUGGUCGUCAUCAACCCAGACAACGAUCGACCAGACCUCAGUAACUUUAUGGAGUCCGGAGAGUGGGUGCUAAAGGACUACAGGAGCUGGAAACACUGGGUUUACUACACCUGCUGUCCCAAUACACCCUACCUGGACAUCACCUACCAUUUCCUGAUGCUGCGGCUGCCUCUUUAUUUUAUCGUCAACGUCAUCAUUCCCUGUAUGCUGUUUUCUUUUCUUACCGGACUGGUCUUCUACCUGCCUACUGACUCUGGUGAAAAGAUGACUCUCUCCAUCUCUGUCCUGCUGUCUCUCACUGUCUUCCUGCUGGUUAUUGUGGAGCUGAUCCCCUCCACGUCCAGCGCUGUUCCUCUAAUAGGGAAAUACAUGCUCUUCACAAUGGUGUUCGUCAUCGCCUCCAUCAUCAUCACUGUCAUCGUCAUUAACACACAUCACCGCUCGCCCAGCACGCACACCAUGCCUGCGUGGAUCCGCAAGGUCUUCAUUGAAACCAUUCCCAACAUGAUGUUCUUCUCAACAAUGAAGCGCCCCAGUCAGGAGAUCCGACAGAAGAGAUUGUUCCCCACUGACAUGGACAUCUCUGACAUCUCAGGCAACCCCACCCCGACAAGUGUCACCUACCAGUCUCCCAUCAUUAAAAACCCUGAUGUUCGCAGCGCCAUUGAAGGGGUGAAGUACAUCGCCGAGACCAUGAAAUCAGACGAGGAAUCUAACAAUGCGGCAGAGGAGUGGAAGUUCGUUGCCAUGGUUUUGGACCACAUCCUGCUCUGCGUGUUCAUGGCCGUGUGCAUCAUCGGGACACUUGCCGUCUUUGCUGGGAGACUCAUCGAGCUCAACAUGCUGUAGGGGCCCGGCCCAUGAAGGAGUACGUGGGUUAUCAGAAUAGACGUCAGACUUGCAGAGGCAUGAGAAAGGUUUCCAUCUGUGGGCCGGUUAAGGUUGUGUUUGCUCUCUUUCUCCCUCUGUCUCUCAACAGACACAGACAGACACACAUUGAGGGGAUUUUUAAAUGCUGUAAAGUGCUGUCACUCUCAUGUCACCUUCAGAUGUGUCAGUUUGUGUUUACUAUGACUGAGGAGACUGCAGGUUAAGGGGCAAAUCCAGGCAUCUUCGAGGCAUGAGUCCGGUGAUGUAGAUGGGUCAUUCUUGAAUCUAUCCUUGUCACUAACAAUUUGUCUAUUGGUUUUUGUUGUUUUUCUACAUUGCUUUAUUGCUGCCAUCACUCUGGUGGGCUCUAUGAGUGUUUAAGGUCCGGGUCAGAGAAUUUUCUUAAAUGUUAAAACAGAAGAAAAAAAAAAAAGGUUUAACAUGAACUUGACCGUUACUGUGGGUUAAGACGAGGGCUUCAGCUUAGAGUCACUGUCUAUGUGGAAACCUGACUUGGAUGUUACAGGAAGGGGAAGAGGACGUGUUCAGCUUGUUCAAGGCAGAACUACUAAUUUAACAGUAUUUCAGUCCAAUUUUAUUGCCAGUUAUAUAGACUGAGUCAGGAUGAUGACAUUGUCUUCGUCUUUGAGUGCAGGCAAGAUAAUUUCCUGCCUGGAAGUUUUAUUGUUUUGUUUUGUCUAACACUCAAAUGACUUCUAAAGUUUCAUUUAUGUUUAUGGGUUAAGGUUGUGAAUUGUGGUGUAACAUUCAGAUCACAGGAGUUGAUUCAGAAAUAGAAAACUACUUCAAAUAUUCAUCGGAUAGUGGCAAGGUUUGCUUUGUCACUGAUGCAUGUAAAUUCCCCUAAACUCUGUUGUGCAUUUGUUUAAGGCUCAUAAUUUUGAUUAUUAUUUUUGAUAAAUGAUUUGAUUUAUAACCACACUGAAGGACUGUGGUUGAAAAUCUGUUAAACCUUAUUUGCAUAUUUUUCAGCGACUAUCUGUUAAAAAAAAAAAAAAA